AGAAUGUUGUUCUAUAGGAUAUAUUGCUACAGGCUGAGAGAGAUCGCUUAAUCGGUGCUGAAGGGAUAGGUGAAGAGGUCGACACAUUUAUGUUUGGGGGCCAUGAUACAACAUCUAUUGCAUUAACAUUCAUUUUUCUUCUACUUGCCAAUCACCAGAAAGUUCAGGAUAAAAUCGUUGACGAAUUACAUAACGUAUUAAACUCAUUUGACGGUGAUGUGACGACGGCUGAGUUAUUGCAGAUGAAAUAUAUGGAAUGUUGCAUAGAGGAAAGUUUGAGACUUUAUCCUCCAAUACCAGCUAUUACCAGGAACAUUGACGUGCGACUUAAGCUUAGAGAUUAUGAAAUACCCACUGGAACGGAGUGCGGUAUCCUGAUAUACGACUUGCAAAGGCGUUCAGAUCAAUUUGUUGAGCCUUUGGAGUUUCGACCUGAGAGAUUUCAGCAAGCAACUUGGCAGCCCUACGGCUACAUUCCAUUCAGCGCUGGCCCUAGAAACUGUAUAGGUCAAAAAUUCGCAAUGAUGGAAAUGAAGCUAGCUGUAACGGCUGUACUUCGUCGUUUUCGACUUUUACCAGUGACUUCGCCUCGCGAUAUAAACAUCACUACAGACUAUGUUUUACGUAGUAAACAACCAAUUUACGUGCAAUUUCAAGAACGAUAUGAUAUUUAAUAACACUGAAUUCAAAUUUGGUUUAUU